AUAAUUCAAAUAUAAUGCAAGAAGCAAUUGCGUACAAGACGUGGCUUUUCCGGCCGACCUCCGACGCCGGUUCACUGACAACGCCGGAAGUAGAAGAAAGGGCACCCAAAACCUGCCGGAGAACGUCGUCGCGAUCGGAGAAGAUGGUGUCGGAGAAUGCCGUGAUCGUGUUCGGGCGGCGGGGUUGUUGCAUGUGUUGCGUGGCCAAGACGCUAUUACUCGGUCAUGGGGUUAAUUCGCCGGUCGUGGAGAUUGAUGAGAAAGAAGAGACGAUGGUUAUGGAGGAAUUGAGGAUGGCCGGAAUCGGUGCAACCGCGGAGAUGAAAUUUCCGGCGGUUUUUAUUGGGGGGAGAUAUUUUGGGGGGCUAGAGAGAGUUAUGGGUGCUCAUAUUUCCGGUGAAUUAGUUCCGAUCUUGAAAAAGGCCGGAGCUUUGUGGCUUUGAAAGUUAUCUUUUUGCCGGCGCAGGUGCCGGCUUAACUGAGUGGCCGGUGGAUUAUUUGGCUGAAUUCAAUGUUUGAUAUCUUCCAAAUAAACUUGUAUUAUUUGAAGAAGAUGAAGAUGAAAGGAUAGGGAAGAUUCUUGUUAAAUCUGAAAAGUGGUUAAAAUAUUUACUCAUUUAAAAAUGUUAAUAAAAAUGUUAAAUAAUGAGAAUCAAACCUAUUGAGUUUUGAAUUGGAUUUAUUUAUUUUUGAAUGUUUUUGUGAUUGUUCUU